AUGGAUGUUCUGUUGAACACCAGAGAACGAUGGAAGAUCUGCAAAAGUGUCUGUGUGAUGUCUUUCAUCAUCGUGGCAACUCUGACCAUCACGCAAAGGGGCACCACCACCAGUGGAGAUCGUCUUCCAGUGCAGCUUUCACAGGGAGAGCUCAAAACUCAGAAGCGAAACGCCCUCCCCGGGGGACACAACUUCUGGAAACACGAGGCUACCACCGAGGAAGCGACAGUGACCGACGACAGACCCCAGGGCCGGACCUGGGAUGUGACCACCACCAACUGCACUGCCAACUUGAACUUCACCAACAUGAAGUGGUUCGUUGGCCUGGAGUCUAACUUUCAGCAGUUCCUGCUCUACAGACACUGCAGGUAUUUCCCCAUGGUCAUCAACCACCCUGAGAAGUGCAGUGGCGACGUCUACCUCUUGAUUGUCAUCAAGUCCAUUAUAACACAGCACGACCGCAGGGAGGUCAUCAGGAAGACCUGGGGCAGGGAGAGGGAGGUCAACGGCAAUAAGAUCAAGACCUUAUUCCUCCUUGGGGCCGCCUCCAAGGGGGGCGAGCAAGCCAAUCACCAGAAGCUCCUGGAGUAUGAAGACUACAUCUACGGCGACAUCUUGCAGUGGGACUUCAUGGAUAGCUUCUUCAACCUCACUCUGAAAGAGGUCCACUUCUUGAAGUGGUUUUCCACCUACUGCGAAAAUGUGCAGUAUAUAUUCAAAGGCGAUGACGACGUUUUCGUCAACACAGAGAACAUCAUUGAGUUUCUGGAUGGUAGCAAGGUAACAAAUCUGUUUGUUGGGGAUGUGCUCUAUAUGGCAAAACCCAUUAGAAAGAAGGAGAAUAAAUAUUACAUCCCACAUGCCCUGUAUAAUAAAACACACUACCCACCCUAUGCUGGGGGAGGGGGCUUCCUGAUGGACGGGCACAUGGCUAGAAAAUUAUACGGAGCUUCAGAAACCUUGGACCUCUAUCCCAUUGAUGACGUCUUCCUUGGAAUGUGCCUGGAAAUUCUCCAUCUGACUCCCGUCAAGCAUGACAGCUUCAAGACCUUUGGGAUUGUGAAGAACAAGAACAGCAAAAUGAACAGAGAACCUUGCUUUUUCAAAAACUUAAUAGUGAUCCACAAGCUGCUCCCUCCGGAACUCAUGCACAUGUGGAGUCUGGUUAAGAGAAACCUUGUUUGCUCACGGAAAAUAGAGGUUUUAUAGCAGUCUGGAUGCUUUACUAGUACCAGGAGCCUAGGGGACUGAUGACUGCCCCAGAAACUGCACUGUAAAAAACUCUUUAUAUUUGAGCUGACUCAAAGAAAAGUACUCCGUCUAUGGAGGAGAACACUGUACUGUACUGUGAGGGUUACAUCCCUGUGUGGGCCAGUUUUGGGUUUUUUAAUUUUUUUUUUUUUAUCAAAUUCAUUAUUUUAUUUAGGUGAAUCUGGGUAGGCAUGAAGAGACCAAAUAGCCGAAUGUAAACCCUGUACUUAUCCAUACUGACAGGUAUGCAGUAACGAAUACACAGUUUACUACCCAAGGGAAGGUAAUGAGCUAAAAGGGUAAAAAACCAACCAAAAAUAAAUAAGUAGAGAAUGUCUCUAGGAAAACUUGUAACUUUAAGUAGCGUCGUUAGUAAUGAUACACAAUAUCAUUUGUUAUAGAUUUAAGAUGAGGUGCUCUCCAAGCAUGUGCAGAUCUUCUUCUCAAAGGGAGCAGUUUGAAGUAAAGUGCCUCUAUCUCACAAGGCGUCAUUCAUUUGGUCUCAGUAAUGAAAUGUGUCCCUGCUUUUCAGAACCAACGCGCUAGAAGUAAAAUAGGUUUUAUGAGAAGUGUCCUUAAGGAAAUCAGUGGUAUUUCAUAAAAUUUAAUAAUAAU